UCAACCGCCAUCCGGCAGAUGGCAGUAAUGAACCUUGAAAAAUAAGUCAGGCAUUCCCGCUAGGAGGAAAAGGCGUCAUCGAACGAAGCUGCCGUAAUUCUGACCGGAAGCGUGGAAUGAAAGCUUAAAGUGUAAGAGAAGAGCGAAGAAAGCGCCACUGCAAGUGGCUUUAAUGUCAUUCUGCGCUCCGUGGAUAAGCCAUCCUCAAGGCAUUGUGGGUUAUAUUGACACUGGUGCAAAAGCAAAUAAAUAUGGCAAAUGACCGUUUGCGAGCCCUGGAGGAGGUUGAGAAAGAGAUCGGCACCGUGUUGCAAUGCGCAGGUAACAUCAUACUGGAGCUGUCCAAGGAGAAACACAAUGCAAGCUUUUUGGAUCGUCAACUUUCCCAGUUCACAACCUCUGUGAACAGAGUGGAAACGGAGCUGUCCAAUCAGAUUAGGUAUUUGACACAGGUGGCAACAGGCCAACCCCAUGAAGGUUCUACAUACUCUGCACGCAAGGACUGCCAAAUGGCACUGAAUCGAGUGGAUUAUGCACGUGUUAAACUGGGAGAACUGGGAAGGACAUGUGAAAUUCUUCUGGACACUCAGACUUAAUCUGCCUUCGAUUAUACUGGUCGGUGAAUUCUGAAAAGCAAUGCUGUAGAUGUGUCCUUGAUGAUAAGACAUGUGCCAUUGAACACUUAUACAGAUUGUGGACUGCAUAGCAGCAGAUUUUUCUGAGUGUGCUGCUAUAGGUGAUUAAGUAAAAUAACUGAUUUUUUUGUGUGCUAAACAACAUUUAAGCUUGAAAUUCAAUUCCAUUUUCAUCACUUGACUACAAACCUAAUAUAAGUUUGAGUCCUGCUUAAUCUGAUUCAGAGUCCUAUGGAGAUGAUGCUUUUCCAAGUUGCAUAAGGCAGUAAACAACCCAGGAAAUGUGCACCAGUCCAACACAAAGUCUUCUUGAGCAUGCAAACCAGCACCUCUACAGAACAAAUUUAGAGUCGCCGAUCAAAUAGACCCUCAUGAGUUUGGGAUGUGGAAGAAACACCCAAUGCAAAGCAAGAAACCAUGUGCAGCCUCCACAUGGACAAAGACCGGAUGCUGGAUUCAAACCCAGUGGUGCUGAAUCUUUGAGGCAGGCAUUCUCACCAUUGUUCCACCUCUAAAAUAAACAUAUUUCAAUGUCUUUGUAUAUUUAAAAAAAUAAAUAAAUAAAUAAAAUAAAACACCUUUCCCGAGAGGCAUAGGGGUAAUGGUUGGAGAAUUUAAAUGUUAGCUUUUGCCAAAGGAUAUUGAUGUAGAACCACCAAUAUUUUUCAUGCUGCAUCUCAUCUUGUCCCAAUGGACGUAGGCAUCUUAUUCCGUCCUAAAGCUUCGAAUGAUGGGCUUGGUUCAUAAUUUCAAUUAUUCUUGUAAUAAUCAAAGUUAUUGGAUAUCCAUGUACGUUAGCAUCAGUGUACAUCUUUUACAUCUGUUAGUAGCCAUGUUUAUUGGUUGUAGUACUUUAGGCUGUUAUCAUAUGAUUGAGAAUAAGGUUUGUGGUUUUCUUGUGUUUUAGUGCUUGAUGGAUUUCAGUAAAUACAUUAAGUGGAACUUUGUCUACUUAUAAAGGUUGAUUAUGGUACUUA